UUGUAGGUUUUCACAAAAGCACUUGAGAGAGAAAAAAAAAGUUCAUAAAUACAGCUGAGGCCACAACUCUCUAGGCUUUUACACACUCAUAAUUCUCUGCAGAGGGGGAGAGAGAGAGAGAGAGAGAGAGAGAUGGUGAGAGAGUCGUGGUCUUCAGGCAUGGAGGAUGCAGGAGGGGUGGUGAACAUGACGAACAACAUGAACAUGAAGCCUGCAUGGCUUGAGGGGCUGAUGGCUGAGACAUUCUUUGGUGGCUGUGGGGUCCACGAGAAUCGCAGGAAGAACGAGAAGAACGUUUUUUGCUUGCGCUGUUGUCUUAGUAUUUGCCCCCACUGCCUCUCUUCUCACCGCUCUCACCCUCUUCUUCAGGUGAGACGAUAUGUUUACCACGACGUCGUUCGAUUGGGUGAUCUUGAAAAGCUCAUUGACUGCUCAUCUAUUCAGCCGUAUACCAUAAACAGUGCCAAAGUGAUAUUCUUGAAUCAAAGGCCACAGUCUAGGUCUUCCAAGGGCUCUGCCAACAUAUGCUUUACUUGUGACAGGAUUCUCCAGGAGCCAUUCAACUUCUGUUCACUCUCAUGCAAGGUUGACCACAUGGUGUACCGAGGAGAAUAUCUAUCUGGCAUUUUGUAUCGGUAUGAUGAAUCCGACUUUGCAAUAUCGGAAUUUGAGGGAUUGCGCAUGGAUGGGUCGUCGGAGAUCAUUGAUGAUGAUGGCAUCCUAGAAGAUCAAGACCAUCCAUUGCAAUACAGAUCAGGUUCAUCAUGCUCCAAUGAGGCCACCAGCAAUUCUGUAAUUCCACGUGAACCAGAGGUGGUGAAGAAGAAGAAGAAAGGUGGCUUCCUCCCCGGCAUUGUUCUCUCUCUCAGCAGCAGGAGAAAGGGAGCUCCUCAGAGGGCUCCUCUUUCUUAAGAUGUCUGGAAAUUUCAAGAGAUAGGGAAUAAAAUUUAAUUAUUAGUACCUACUAAAAUGUAAUAAUUAUAUAUUAUUAUUAUUAUUAUUAUUAUUAGCAGCUUAAAUUAACGUUGGUAAUCAUGUUUUACAUUUAUUAUCCUAUGUUUAAUUAGUGUUUUGUUUUGUAUUAUUGAGUGUUGUCGUCGGAAUGUGCAUGGGGCAAUUCCGUUACUCACCGUAGGUGGUUGAAGAUGGUCCGACUCCGGCCGCCAUCAAUUUUGUAUCCAUGUAAUGGAUUUUGCCACUGUAUAUGCUAUUUUAUCUGACAUAAAAAACCUUUUAUGUUA